AAAAUCAAUCUCAGUCUUGAGUUACCGUAUUGUCGUAACGUGCUGCACAAUUUUGCUCUUUUAAAAAUGACCACAGAUCUGAAAUCUUCAAACGAAGAUGUGGCAAAAAGUUCAUCAAAAAAUAAAAAUGUGUGUGCCAAAUAUGUACCGGUACUGAAUUGGUUACCCAAGUAUACAAAAUUUCAAGCCGUUUCAGAUUUCGUUGCUGGAAUCACGAUAGGACUAACGAUGAUUCCACAAAGUAUUAGUUACGCCGCACUUGCCGGGCUAUCAUCUCAGUAUGGACUUUACUCGUCUUUUGUGGGAGGCUUCAUUUAUGUCCUUCUUGGCAAUAUCAGAGAAGUAUCAAUUGGACCAACAUCUCUUAUGGCAAUUUUGGUCCUAGAAUUCACAAAAGAUAUGCCUGUGGAUUUUGUAAUACUCUUAGGAUUUUUGGCAGGAUGUGUUGAAUUAACUAUGGGACUACUUAAUUUAGGAUUUUUAGUGGAUUUCAUAUCAAUACCUGUAACUUCUGGAUUUACUUCAGCCACCUCGGUUAUCAUAAUUGUGAAUCAAUUACAACUGUUGCUAGGUAUAAAAUAUAAGGCUAAGAAUCUUCUGGAUAAUAUUUUUAAAUUAUUUCUAAAUUUUGGAAAUUUGCGAGUAACCGAUACAAUUCUGGGCAUAUCCUGCAUUAUAUUGCUUUUGAUUUUCAGAAAACUGAAAGACAUUGAAUGGAAGACUAAAAGCACUACUAGAAAUUACCUAUUCAAAAGAAUAUUUUGGUUUCUUUCUAUUGGCCGAAAUACUAUAAUCGUUUUGACAACAACAAUUUUAACAUACCGCUUACAUUUCGCAGGACAUCGGCCAUUUAUUCUCUCAGGCGAGGUCAAAUCAGGAUUACCCUCCCUCCAACUACCUCCUUUUUCUGCACAAUCUGGCAAUCAGACAUACACAUUCCUGGAUAUGUGUUCUCAUUUGGGAUCAGGAAUUAUUUUCGUUCCACUCGUUGCAGUUCUAACAAAUGUAGCUAUAGCUAAAACUUUCGCGAGCGGUGCAUUGGUUGAUUCCUCACAGGAAAUGAGAACUCUCGGAAUUUGCAACAUACUGGGGAGUUUUGUAUUCUCUAUGCCAACUUGUGGAGCAUUUACGAGGAGCGCAGUAAGCAGUGCCAGUGGUAUUCAAACCCCUUUAGCUGGUAUUUACUCAGGUACCGUGACUCUCUUAGCACUUAGUUUCUUGACACCCUAUUUUUAUUACAUUCCGCAAUCGACUCUCGCAGCAGUACUGAUAAGUGCAGUCGUUUUCAUGAUCGACUACAAAAUAAUCACCAUGCUUUGGAAGGGAAGCAGGCGUGAUGCUAUAGCAACAAUCUGCACGUUUACAAUAAGCCUGAUUUUCAAUGUAGAAACUGGCUUGCUUUUUGGUACCGUUCUUAACUUGAUUUAUCUAUUAAAUCUAUCUGCCAGGCCAAAAAUUAUCGUAAUGGAGUGUCAGACACACUUGGGAGACACGUAUCUAUUAAUAAAACCCGAUAUUGGGCUAUAUUACCCAGCAGCUGACUUUCUGACUAAAAAGGUAUCAGAACUUGCCGAAAACCACUCAAACCACGAUAUGCCAUUAAUUAUUGACUGUCAGCGAUUCAAAGGGGUUGAUUAUACAGCUGUUAAGGGAGUUGAGAGACUUUUAAUAGAAUUUAAGGAGAAGCAUAGGAAACUUUGGUUUUUAAAUGUCAGCCCAUCUAUAAAGAAAGCUAUUGGCAUCCUUGGUGAAAUCAAAUCCUUUCCAAUAAUCCAUAACGAAGAAAAUAUCGUCGAAUAUUUCCAGGAUAUACGAGAUACGCCGGAAAUAAGUAGAAGCAUUACAGUCCCUCUAUUCAAUGAAUUGGAAGAAAAAAGUGACUCCAAAGAAACCAAUUAUGAUGGAAUCAAAGAUGAAAGCACGUCGCUUCCAGAAGAAAGUUUGUCAUUGAUUACAGAGGACACUGUUGGUAUCGCUACUGAUAAUUCUCCUCCGUUUAAUACUCAAUCACGAGACGAAAAUCAUGAAACGGAAUCGAGUCGUCUGUAAAAUUAAAAAAAUAUUGUCAAUAAAUGUUAGUUAAUUUA